CGCGCGGGAGCCCGGACUCCUGAAGCUGGGGGCGCGGCCGCGCUCGCCUCGCCGGGCCAGGAGCGGACAGGCCCUGCCCUGAAGGGGUGAAGCGGCGGGUAGCGCGGGAGGUGGAGCUGGCCCCGGUGGCUGCCCGGCGUCUCAACCGAACGCCCCCUCCCCGCACGCAGUCCCAGGAGGACCCAGGCCACUGCCCAUGAGGGGCACCCCCGGCUCGGAAGAGUCCCGGAGGCAGGGAGCAGCUCCAGGCAGCGGCGCCGGCGGCAAAGGAAGAAGAGAGAGCGGUCAGCUUGGGCGGCUCGGACCCUUCCCGCAGCGUUUGAAGCCUGGGAUCGCCCCGAAGUGUAUGCUUGGCACAGCUGUUCUUCCUGCUGGGACCCCUACUCGGACCCUCUGCACCUCCUAGGCGCCGCCCCCGUGCCACCCAGCUCUUCCAUGGUCUUUCUCUUCCUGGCAGCAGUCACGGCAAAGAAAGUAUUAUGAGGGUAGCCGAGGACUCCGUGCUCCGGGCAGAGAAACGGCGCUGGGAAUAGAGAUUGCCACCUCUGAGAGGAUGCUGGGGAUCUGUAGAGGGAGACGGAAAUUCCUGGCUGUCUCGUUGACUCUUCUCUGCAUCCCAGCCGUCACCUGGCUUUACUUAUUUGCCGGGAGCUAUGAAGAUGGGAAGCCAGUGUCUCUGUCUCCGUUGGAAUCCCAGCCACACAGUCCCCGGUACACGGCCUCCAGCCAGCGGGAGCGUGAGAGCCUGGAGGUGCGUGUACGCGAGGUGGAGGAGGAGAACCGUGCCCUCCGCAGGCAGCUCAGCCUGGCCCAAGGCCGGGCCCCAGGCCAUCGCCGGGGCAACCACUCGAAGACCUACUCCAUGGAGGAGGGUACUGGGGACAGCGAGAACCUUCGCGCUGGCAUCGUGGCGGGCAACAGCUCCGAGUGUGGACAGCAGCCGGUUGUGGAAAAGUGUGAGACAAUCCACGUUGCUAUUGUCUGUGCCGGAUAUAAUGCCAGCCGGGAUGUCGUCACGUUGGUCAAGUCUGUCCUGUUUCACAGGCGGAACCCUCUGCACUUUCACCUCAUUGCCGACUCCAUCGCAGAGCAGAUCCUGGCCACGCUCUUCCAGACCUGGAUGGUGCCAGCCGUGCGCGUGGACUUCUACAAUGCAGAUGAGCUCAAGUCUGAAGUUUCCUGGAUCCCCAACAAACAUUACUCCGGCAUUUACGGUCUGAUGAAGCUCGUCCUGACCAAGACUCUUCCUGCCAACCUGGAGCGGGUCAUCGUCCUUGACACGGAUAUCACCUUUGCAACCGACAUUGCAGAGCUGUGGGCUGUGUUCCACAAGUUCAAAGGUCAGCAGGUUUUGGGCUUGGUAGAGAACCAGAGUGACUGGUACCUUGGAAACCUGUGGAAGAAUCACCGCCCUUGGCCUGCCCUUGGAAGAGGCUACAACACAGGGGUGAUCUUGCUGCUUCUGGAUAAGCUGCGGAAGAUGAAGUGGGAGCAGAUGUGGAGGCUGACUGCAGAGAGGGAGCUGAUGGGCAUGCUGUCCACGUCCUUGGCUGACCAGGAUAUUUUCAACGCCGUCAUCAAACAGAACCCCUUCCUCGUGUAUCAGCUCCCCUGCUUCUGGAACGUGCAGCUGUCGGACCACACCCGCUCUGAGCAGUGCUACAGAGAUGUGUCUGAUCUAAAGGUCAUUCACUGGAACUCCCCCAAGAAGCUGCGGGUGAAGAACAAGCACGUGGAGUUCUUCCGCAACCUCUACCUGACCUUCCUGGAGUAUGACGGGAACCUCCUGCGGCGGGAACUGUUUGGCUGCCCCAGUGAAGCUGAUGUCAACAGUGAAAACCUCCAGAAGCAGCUCUCGGAGCUGGAUGAGGACGAUCUAUGUUACGAGUUUCGGCGAGAGCGUUUCACCGUCCACCGGACCCACCUGUACUUCUUGCACUAUGAGUAUGAGUCCGCUUCUGACAACACGGAUGUCACUCUCGUCGCUCAGCUCUCCAUGGACAGGCUCCAGAUGCUGGAGGCCAUUUGCAAGCACUGGGAGGGGCCCAUCAGCCUGGCCCUCUACCUGUCUGACGCCGAGGCCCAGCAGUUCCUCCGCUAUGCGCAGGGCUCCGAGGUGCUCAUGGGCCGUCACAACGUGGCCUACCACAUCGUGUACAAGGAGGGCCAGUUUUACCCCGUGAACCUGCUGCGCAACGUGGCCAUGAAGCACGUCGGCACGCCCUACAUGUUCCUGUCUGACAUCGACUUCCUGCCCAUGUACGGGCUCUAUGAGUACCUCAGGAAGUCUGUCAUCCAGCUCGACCUCGCCAACACCAAGAAAGCAAUGAUCAUCCCUGCAUUUGAGACGCUGCGCUACCGGCUCUCUUUCCCCAAGUCGAAAGCAGAGCUGCUGUCCAUGCUGGACAUGGGGACACUCUUCACAUUCAGGUACCACGUCUGGACAAAAGGCCAUGCGCCCACAAACUUCGCCAAGUGGCGGACCGCCACCACGCCUUACCGGGUUGAAUGGGAAGCUGAUUUUGAGCCGUAUGUUGUCGUGAGACGGGACUGCCCGGAGUAUGACCGGAGGUUUGUGGGCUUUGGCUGGAACAAGGUGGCUCACAUCAUGGAACUGGAUGCACAGGAAUAUGAAUUCACCGUGCUGCCCAAUGCCUACAUGAUCCAUAUGCCUCAUGCCCCCAGCUUCGACAUCACAAAGUUCCGGUCCAACAAGCAAUACCGCAUCUGUCUCAAAACUCUAAAGGAAGAAUUCCAGCAGGACAUGUCACGCCGCUAUGGCUUUGCCGCCCUCAAAUAUCUCACGGCCGAGAACAACAGCUAGCAUCAAGAAGCCACCACUAGGGAGAGACGUUCUGCAGGGGAAGAGCCACUUGCUGUUUGGGGCCCAGCCUUCAAACUCAAAAUCGAGCAGUGCUUUUUUUGGUUUGUUUUUAUUUGUCUCUUUGGCCCAACAAAGCUCCCCACACUACAGAGAUCUGAGACAAGGAUCCAGCCAGCCCCUCUGUGCCCCACGACCUGGCAUUUCCAGAAUGUGGAAAAGUAGCUCAUCCGUAGAAUCUCAAAGAAUGGGAAAUGGAGGGAUGAGACGGAACAAUGGGAUGAUCCUACCACAAAGCCACAAAACCAAGCAGGUCUUUAGGAUGUUUUUGUUGCUUUUUAAGAAAGGGAAGUCAGAGUGUUGGAGGUCAGCCCUCCUAGGAAUAAAGGCAAAAAUGUCUCUUCAUUGAGAGAAAACUCUUCUUUGCCCCGCCAUCUAGCUGGGUAUCCAAGGGGAGAGCAAACCAAUGAUUGGAACCAACCAUUUGUAAAAACUCAGUGGGGACAUUGUACCUGGCGGGACCUGGAGGUGGGGUUGGUUGGUUCUUAUCCUCAAGGUCAAGGUCACUCUUAUUUUGUUUUGAUUUGUUUUUGUUUUGGGGGGAUUUUGUUUGUUUGGUUUUGGUCCGGGAAUCCAAAACAGAAAAUCUGAUCUUUUAAGGUACUGAAGGAAAAUCAGCUGCCCCAACCAACACCCCUCUAAAUCAGCAGUGGCCCAUCAAGGAGGAAGAGUCUUCAGCCAAUAGUUAAACAUGGGCAUCUUUCUUCAGGAUUAUCACUGAGGCGCCCGUGACCUUGAAUUCCCUACUCCCCAGAAUCCAGGGGCUAAGAUGGAAAUUCGAAAACCACCUGUUUUACAACCAGUCACAUUUUCUAUUGGCAAUGACUGAUUCCUGGGGAAGGGUCUUUGAGGGGACUGUGUCAGUGCACAUGAAAGGUACGAAGCUCUCAGGCCUUUAGAAGAACUUGCAUAAUUCAGGCCAGCCCGAUUCUGAAGAGUCACACGUCCGUUUGGAGACCUUCGGGACGAACAAACGUGUCGGGUUCCUCUGUGUUCCUGCCCGCUUGACUGUGGCUGGGAUGAGGUGACCGCCUCAGGCUCCCUUUGGGACCUGUUCAGAGGGUAGGCCAGCACCUUCACUGUUACAGAGAUUGAGGAGACACUGGACUUUUUACCCAUUUUCUUGAAUCUUCAAUAUUAAUGUUGUGUUUACAUUGAUGAGAGUAAGAGUCAGUGCCCUCCUCUGCUGGGCUGUUUGUAUUGAGUUGCAAUGUGACCAGCGAACGCUGCAUUCAAUAAACGAAAGUACGGACUGUUUCUUCCCCACACCCCUCCCACUCUUGUAAGACGCUACCGAGACACACGUCAGGGUAGAGAGCAGAAUUGAUAAAUGGCACCUUGACGCUUUC